CGGCAGGAGAGGUCUGCGCGCCAUGCGGGACCCUCCUCCGGUGGCCGGGGAGCAGCCGGGGAUCGAACCGGCGCCGCAGAGGCCGCGGGCAGCUUCGCAACCCAGCGCUCAACCGCUGCGCCACCGGGGAGGCCCAGAAACGGCUUUUUGUUUUAAACCACCCCGUCGUGUCGCUGCUACCUGUGCCCUCAGGACCUGGUCACUCAAGGUCACCCGCUCUGGGAAGGCACAGCCUCUCCUCUGCCUCAAGACGGCCCCCACCGGGCCAUGGUAGCAACUGAGGUGGCUGCAGCCCCCACCCCUUCCUGGCACCCCAGCCCUGCAGGGGCCGCAUCGAGUGUGUGCCCGGAAACCCCUGCUGCAGCCCGGUCGCCGGCAGCCCUCACGGGGUGGGCUAGGAGGCAGGUUGGGCCUGGUCAGUGGUCACCAAUGGCGCCAUCUGCAAAAGGGACGUCUGGCUCUGGCUCAAGGUCAUUCUCCGUCCUCCAGCGCACCUGCUCCCCAGCCCUGGGAGCGCAGCACGUGCGAGGGGCCCGGGAGCCGCGGGCCUUAUCAGGCGUUUCAAAACCGGGUGCCAGAGCCGUCAGGUGCGCCUUCGCAGCAGCAGUGACCCGUGGCUGGAGCAGACGCGCCCGCCCCACCUGGCGCAGCCCCACGGGGAGAGCCACUGUGCUGAGUCACCGGGUGCCUCCCCGGGUCACAGGUGCCCAAACCUUUAAAACCCCAGGCGGGUGGCAUUCCCGUGCGCGGGCUCGGGCUGCAGCGGCCUCUCCCUUCGGCUUCCUGGUUCAUCUCCCUCAGGGACUCUCCGCAGCACAACAGGAGAGAAGUGGCACCGAAGACAACGGGUCUGUGUGGGGGUCGCGUGUGAGGAUGAGGGGUGCCAAGCUGACGGGGGCUCUGCUCGCCCUGGCUGGCCUGCUGCAUGUGGCUCUGUCCCUGAAAAUAGCCGCCUUCAACAUUCGGACUUUCGGGGAGACCAAGAUGUCCAACGCCACCCUGGCCACCUACAUCGUGCGGAUCCUGAGUCGCUACGACAUCGCCGUCAUCCAGGAGGUCAGGGACAGCCACCUACAGGCCGUGGGGAAGCUGCUGGACGGACUCAACCAGGACGCCCCCGACUCCUUCCACUACGUGGCCAGCGAGCCGCUAGGACGCGGCACCUACAAGGAGCGCUACGUCUUCGUGUUCAGGCCCGAGCGCGUGUCGGUGCGCGCCAGCUACCUGUACGACGACGGCUGCGAGCCCUGCGGGAACGACACCUUCAGCCGGGAGCCGGCCGUCGUCAGGUUCUCCUCCCCGCGGACCCGGGUCACGGACUUUGCCAUCGCCCCCCUGCACGCGGCGCCCAUGGACGCGGUGCCCGAGAUCGACGCCCUCUAUGACGUCUACCUGGACAUCCGCAAGAAGUGGGGCCUGGAGAACAUCCUAUUCAUGGGCGACUUCAACGCCGGCUGCGCCUACGUGAGCCCCGCCCAGUGGCCGUCCAUCCGCCUGCGCGCGAGCCCCGCCUUCCAGUGGCUGAUCCCCGACAGCGCUGACACCACGGUCACGACCACGCGCUGCCCGUACGACAGGAUCGUGGUGGCCGGAACUCAGCUGCAACGUGCCGUCGUCCCCGACUCGGCCGGCCCCUUUGACUUCCAGGCCGCGUACAGACUCAGCAGCCAGCUGGCCCUGGCCAUCAGUGACCACUACCCGGUGGAGGUGACCUUGAAGUGACCCGCACAAAGGACCGGCGGCGGCUCGUGGGGUCACGUCCAGGUGGAGGCGGCCUUCCAUGCAAGCAUGGGGUUUGCGGGGAGCACCUACGGCCUCAGUCUACACAGAGAACCCGACACUUAAAUUAAGAAAUACCUUUUAGUAAAUAAAGCUCAAAAUGGUGUUUGCACCUGUGGCCUCCAGUCCUUCCUUCCCCCGGGGGGCUC